AUGAGUGGUUGCACUUCAACGUCGCCGCGCUCCUAUCGACGAACAAGCAUCCGAAUCCCAGUAUCUCGUCACCAGCACCGCCAUCCUUCACCGCCACCACCAGUACCUCCUCCGAGGGCAACUCGCGUAACCUCGCGUGGUGUGAGGUCCAAGCAACACAAACUAGAGUCCCCCGAGGCAGGAAACUAUAUUCUGACUCGCUCAACAUUUGACCACGGUCCCGAGAUCAGAUCUGAGAUAUGGCAGCCAGAUCGGGAAGAGGAAUAUAUUGCACUUUAUGGUCAGCGAUAUCACGAGCAAGUACCACGUAGGCCACGUGCUCGCACGAUUGCGACUGCUCAAGAGGUUGAUAUCCGUUCCGGCCGGGCACGAGUGCGCUCAGGAUCUCUUUCUUCAUCUCCCCUUGACCAUCCGCAAUUACGCCAAACAUGCCCUGCGAUCACAGCUGCAGCCAGGUCUGAGCUUCCCACAACCACACGAAAGCGACGCCCCUCAAGAAAGCACUCGAUGCACGGCAGGCCUGCUAGUCUUGUUCGCCGGGACUCAGGUUACGAAUCAGACGAUGCUGAUGGUGAUACGAGCAACGAGGACACCCACCAUUCACUACCGAGACCGGCCAGCCCAUCGAACGAGUCUUCCGCUUCGACAGACGAUGACAACACACCGGCAAAUGUCGAUCCGCAUGCACUAGAAUACUACCUGGGGAAUGAUGACACAUGGCGGGAGACCGAAAUACUUUCCCAGUCCUCGGAGGACGGCGGACUGAGUGAUGAUGAUGAAAUAGCCACUCGGUAUUCUAGCGGCAUGCACCACCCGGACGCGCAGACGCUUACUACAAGCUUGUCACAUUUCGACAUGGGAGCACGUCCCCAUACUUACUACCAAUCAGAGCGUCGACAACGUCACCCUCACCGAGCACCACGCAUGCCCAAACGUUUGCCUCUCGUUCCCACCUGUUCGGGAUCAAGAAAGCGAGCGUCGAUGCGUGUUGCUUGGAAGAUGCGAUUCGGGCGUCUAUUCGAGAGCGACAGUGAGGCCGGAACUGAGGUCGAGGACGAAUUGGACUGGGAGGGUUACGAGAGCGCCGAUGCUCGAAGAAUUGUUGCAUUACGGAUCCAAAAGGCGGGAGGAGGCGACGGACGAAAGAUCAUGAGCGGAAAGGAUCAAUUGGCGGAACUUCUCGUCAAACAACCCAUCGAUCCUAGACGCCUGGCAGCUCGUGUGCCUCGCCGUAGCCGGGCCGAUACUAUCCGAGGGCGUGAGCGUGCUGAUACAACAACCACUAUUCAGCCUCUCGUGACUGACACAUGCACCACGUGCGCGUCAGUACACUCUCCGUCUCUAUCCACCAAGAGCGUUCCUGCUUCAGCAACCGAGUCGCCUACAUCGACCAACUCUGUUUCAUUGGCAACCCCAACAUCUACUCCCCCUACUUCGGUACCUAAUACGCCAUGCCCCACCUGUGCACAGCUUUCUCCACGCGGGGAUGCCUUGCAGCUAUCAUUGUCUCCGUCCAGUCGUCGCAAAGCUCUUAGUCCUCGAUCUCCUCCAUGCAAGACUACUCCGCUUAAUGCCGGAACAGACCCACUUACGGUUUUUGCGGUCACAUUGGAGAAGGAAAAGCAGAGAGACUUUUCUGGUCUACUCAAACAUUCCACGCCUCCCCCCGAGUCCGUAUUCAGUACUGUCGGCAAUGGGCUCUUGCGGAGCGUGAAGUCAUUCUUUGUCAAACUCAACAACUUUGUGGAUUUUGCGGCCAAUGCACCACUCCCAACAAGUGUCGAUGGCACGUGCCCACUCAGUCCGGUUAUGGGUACUGGCGGAUCUAUCUCGCGAGACAUGGGUACUCGACGUCGCUCAGCUAGCGUUCCGGAACUUCAUACUAUUUCUCGUCCUCGAUCUCAACGCCGGCGCUCUUAUCUGCGCUCUCCGACUGGCUCCAAGAACCAGCUCCCUCUCCCUGGGGCUCCCACGAGCCCUUAUGGUUAUCGCGUGAGACCCCAGCAAGUCUCCGCGGCUUUCCCCGCACUCAUGAGCUCUGAUGAACGCAUGGGAAACGUGGCCCCCACCCCUGUCCCAUCUGUAGAAAGCGUCGAUUCGAUUCUCUCUGCACUUGAACUCAAGGCUAUUCUUACGCGACCUGCCGAGCUCGAUACCCCUAUGCCUCCGGAACCCUUGCCUAUCGUUCCGAUUGACCUCAAGGGACCUCCUGUAAAUAACGCAGAGGUCCGACGGAGGCGUGCAUCUCGUUCCCCGAGCAGGCGUCGCACUUCAGCCAAACGCUCUAGUUCCGGAAAGCCUAAUUUAGAAGCGGAGAAACCCUCGAGUCCUACCGGGACGGAGGCAAACCGAGCUGAAAUGACUCGCUCGCGAGCUGUAGUAGACUCCAAGUAUUGGCGCGUACUGGCCGGAGAAAUGGAGCAGCGUCGUCGGGGAGGUGUCGAGGUCGCAUACAUGGUUCGUUUGGCUGUCGAGGAAGGCCGCAACCUCCCUAUAUUCACGAGCGAGGAGCACCAGGCGGCUACCGGUGAAAUUCGUUGGUGGCGUUUGGAAAGCAUCCCUAGCCGGUGGCGCAUUGGCGGUGUUGGAAAAGGUCCUACCAGGAUGGAGAACGGAUCGGCUCUGGAGCAGACGGAUCAUGUACGUCAGAAAUCAGGAUCUGAGUUGACGCUUGUAGGGCCAUCAGCCACCUUCUAUUACUACACGCGCGGUGUUCCUGCGCUAUCAGGGACCGAAGUAUCGACAAGCACGGUCAGCAUUUGCAUUCAAAUGUUCAAACGGCGACUCUCUUGUCAUGCUGCUGAGGUCAACGGUCAACCCCACUGCAAAUUCUACUCGCAAUGA